AUCAUUUGGUCGUCAGUCAUGAUAAUAACAAGAAUAACUGUCUGUUAUACAUAUGUCUCUACUAUAAUCAGACAUCAUUUGAUAUGCUUGUCAGUCCGCUAGCAAGACGACAUUCGUAAUAGAGACUUUAGCUAUCUCAGCCUCACAAACUGUUGUUUAACCAUCGAAAUUUCGGUAUAUCCAUGAUUUUCAUGAUGGUGAUUCAAUUAUUUGACUUCAGAAAGGAGUCCAUUGGCGCUAUAAUGAGCCUCCAACAGCGCUCAACCCCCCCUAGAGGGGCAAUCCAUGCCAGCUCAUCGAAUCGGGAUCUUUGUCUGCUUUAUCUGACCGUAACAGGUCAAGCACUUGCAUUAACUGUGCCAAGAUGGCAACGAAAUCCAGUGAGAUAUUCUGACCGUCCGAGAUCCUAUGGACUUCCUGGAAAGGGCUGGUGUACAGGUACGUCACCUCUUACUUUCCCCUAUGAACGCCCGCCGCUCGAGAAUGGAAAGUUGGAACUUGCCAUUACGCACGGAUCUUUUGUCACGGGCUAUCAUUCCCCUCCUUUCGCGACUGAUCUUGUUCGGGCGAAUUGCGAAUAGUACACACUAAAAAGUUAGCCAGGUCGGGGGUAACGCCGCUGAUGGUCGCUUAAGAAGGGGACAAGUUGCAAGAGACUUACCCCAUGCACUUACAACUAUAUAAUCCCCGUCCCUUCCUUCCCUAGUUUCCCCACCAAAUUUGCCACCCUUUCUCCCUUUUCCUCCUCACAGCUCACAGCUCCCGGGCUACAAACCGGCUAGAACUGUCCAUAUAACACUGUAGUAAAUCACCAAAAUCACCCCUAAUAGUGUCAGCAACCUCUCGAUGAUCCCCCAAGGUUUCUCUUUCAGUCAUUCUGUGGACUCUGCUUAUCGUUCAUAUUACGAUCACCGCCCUGCCAGUUAUCAGGCACGUCUUCCUCCCUUGAAGUACAGCACUCCACACGAAUUGCGAGGAGCUCCUCGUCGCCAUCGAGAUGGUGAGCCGGCUUCGCUGACCUCAGAAAUGGGCGCUUGCGUACGUCCUAUCUACCCUGCCGACUAUACAGAGUCGUGCUACAUGGAAGCAUUGCAAGAGGAGAUCAGCGGUGUGUUGGAUAGGAUGGAAAGCCUACACAAAAUUGAAGGAGUCGCUGCCUUGUCUUAUCUCCCCCCUACUCCUGUAGAUUUUCCGCAUUCAACUUCCAGAGAGUCGAAUUCGAUUAUUAGGUGCCCGGAGCCUAUUAUCCAUCUUUCCACACCGUUUACUCCAUUGCCAAACAUUUGCUUUGCCACUCCUUCAUCUCUGGAGGCAAAGGCCAUUAUUCAAGAAAGGCGCCCAUUUCCUGACGAGUUUCACUCGUACUUGAGUGAAAUAUUUUUUGAAUCAAAUGUUACUGGUUUAGAUCUCGAGGGCGAAGGGGAAGAUGGUGUGGAAACGACACUGCGGAUGCCGUCAGGCAAUAACGGCAAGCAGGAACAUCUUUUUUCGGGUCAUACAUCCCUCCUCGCUCAAGGGAUUUUCAACGACACGGUCAUCCCUUCAUCUUCAUCUCAAGAGAUGAUGCCUCAGAUCAUUCGUCGUCAUUCACUCGCUACCAUGGAUGCCACUGUUUACGAGCAAUCUUCAAGCGGCGCUUCCAAUCCUUUCUCAAGAUCAUACGAUACUCAAGGCGACCCUUUUGCUCCAUCAUAUGUGCUUGCUCGAGAGCGUGCCAAAUUAUACAAGCACGCUAGUAUUUCUAGUGCCAGACGUACGUCUGAGCCUCUUGUGCGAGCAAGUUGCAAGCUAGAAGACAUCAAACCCAAGUCAAAGCCCGUCAAGGAAACGACUCUCGAACCAUCUUUGCCUGUGAAGGCCAAAGAAGGAUAUCGCUCAUUAACGGCUUCACUUGGCGUUACUUCUUUUGACGAGAUGAAAUCUAAUAAUUCUCCAAGUAUCGACAGCGAAAGAAAGCAUUUUCUAUCCUCCAAUGUCUACAAACUGAAUCCCGUGACGCAGUCUCUUGGAAGAGGAAAGGCUUUACCUUUGCUUACUCCUCGUCGUCCUGUGCCAGACAAGGUCCAGCUACCCACUCCUACUACCACUCCCAAAAUAAGCCUCAAGUUGGGCAAGCGCGCAGGUCACGUCAAGUCUACUCCCAAGACUGCCGGUGUCUCAGAAGGAAAAGCGAUGGAACGUGAUGCCAAGGCUCUUUACCCUACACCUCCUUCUUGUCCUGCAUCACCUUUUUCCAUGUCUGGCGCUUCCCGCUUGAAGAAAGCUUCAAUUUCUGCGCCCACACCGACCCCUCUUUUUGAGUCCCCAACUAUCAACAAAGGCAAGAAGCGCAAGAGACGGUUAUCUUCGAAGUUGAAAGCAAUGGAAAUUGGCGAAGACGAAUCUGAUGGGAAUUUUGCCAGUCACAAGUCAAAGAAGCUGAGAACACUGAAGAACACGAGGCAUUCGGAAGAUGUCGAGGUUUUCAAGUAUACCAAGGAAGAGGACAACAUAAUUCUCAGCCACUGGGACGGGUGUCCUCCUCUUCCAGCCAAUAUUCUUUCCACGAUUCAGAAGGAUUUGGUCAGCAGAGGAUUUGUGGCUCGUUCAUUGCCUGCUUUGAAAUUCCGUGUAUAUAAUAGUCUUCGGGAACAAUUCGAGGAAAAACGACUUCAAAUGGAUCGCAAGCGCACCAAACAGGAGUCGAGGCGAUCAAGAGAGAGCAGAAACUCGAGCCGACCAUGAAAAAUGUACCGACCGUUCCGCCAAAGACACUCAAAACUGUAAAAAAAAGGGGAAAACACCCAUGUUUAUGUAGCAGUAGUAUACCGAGAAUUGAUUAACGACACCAACAACGAAUCAUGAGCCCGACCAACAAUCACGAGCCGAACGAAGGUCUUUGUACGGUUUAUCAUGUAAGAGAUCACAGCACAUUUCGCAUCAUCAUGUCUUUAGUAUCAUUCAUUCAUUCAUAAAGGGCUGAAGUUGGAGGUUUAUCUAUGCUAUUUUAAUUGCAAAAUUUGAUACACAUGCGUUUUUAUAUUGACUGAUUGAUUGCAU